UGUAAUCGCUACUGUUGUGUUGCAUCUUGCUGGGGAUUGUCACAGGCAAGUGUAGCGUUCCUUCACCAUGGCUGACGAUGCAGACAUGCGCAAUGAGCUGGAGAACAUGCAACAGCGAGCUGACCAGGUAGCUGACGAGUCAUUGGAGAGUACCCGCCGCAUGUUACAGCUCGUCGAAGAGAGUAAGGAUGCUGGAAUCAAGACUCUGGUCAUGUUGGAUGAACAAGGAGAACAACUUGACCGUGUUGAAGAUGGCAUGAACCAUAUCAACCAAGACAUGAAGGAAGCUGAGAAAACAUUAAAAGAUUUAGGGAAAUGCUGUGGCCUUUUCAUAUGUCCAUGUAACAAACUCAAGUCAAGCGAUGCUUAUAAAAAGGCUUGGGGGAACAACCAGGAUGGGGUGAUCGCCAGCCAGCCGGCUCGUGUGAUGGAUGAACGUGAGCAGAUGGCCAUCAGCGGGGGGUUUAUCCGCAGAGUCACGGAUGAUGCCCGGGAAAAUGAGAUGGAUGAUAAUCUGGAGCAAGUCGGUGGCAUCAUUGGCAACCUUCGCCACAUGGCACUGGACAUGGGCAACGAGAUUGAUACACAAAAUCGCCAGGUCGACAGGAUCAUGGAGAAGGCCGAGUCCAAUAAAACCAGGAUUGACGAGGCCAACCAGCGUGCAACAAAAAUGUUGGGAAGCGGCUAGGGUCGCCUGUGGGAGAGUCAUCGUCCUCUGGCCCGGUUGGGAAAGCUGCGUACAACUUGAUUUUAUUGUGGUGUUUACUGAUUAGAUUUGCCCACAUGCACAUAUCGAACCCAGUGUAAAAGUUGCCCUGUCCAAGCUUGCCAAACUCUGAACCAGACUACAUGCUAUUUAUUUAUUUAUUACUAGAUGAACCUUAUUCCAAAGGAUGGGUGUCGUGCUGGAUUCAUGGUUUUAUCUCCCUAGUGACCUUUACAAAACAUUUUUCUGUUCAACGUAAACAAAGUUUGCUUGGUUAGAUAGCAAUGCUAGAAAGGCUAUUUUUGUUCUAAAAUGGCAGACUGUACAGUAUUGUCGUUCAAAAUGGUGUCACUACACACAGCUACUGCCAUGUUCCUAGGGUAUUGUGAUGGUAAAAGACCAUGUAGUUUAAAACAAUGUUGUCAUAUUUAUUUCACACAGCCAUUCUAAGUCAACGUCGAGGAGCUGUGGUGUAUGUAACUGUAUUCGUCCUUCCACUGAGGUGAUGAUAUAUAUGCAUGAAAUUAACUUUCAGCCCUUCUGCUAAAUGAUCUUCACAUUGGUGGUGACGCCUUGCUAGAGCAUGCUCAGUAUUGGGACACAGUUGACACCUGGUGAUAUUUACAAGUCUACAGUGGUGCCAUGUUUUAUGUCCUAGCAACAAAAAACUUGGUGUAAAAUUAGGAUAAAGCAUUUACUAAAUGAGCAAUGUGUGCGACGAAUUUGCAGAUCGAUCUUCAUCAGUAAAUGUCAACUCGAUGCUAAAGUGGUGGAUGCUAAUGGGGAAGUGGUCAAAUUCAGCCAUGAGCUUUAGAUACUGCUAAUAAUGCCCCUGUCCCACUUAGGAAACCUGAACGGAA